AUGUUUCCUACUCGACCUCUCGCCAUGCGCGCCACACGCCCGAUGAUGGCGGUGCCGAAAGAGAACAUGAGCGCCCACACCAUCUCACAACGGAUCCGUCAGCUCAAGAAGAUCCCUCCCGAGUUGAUUCCCCUCGGUGUCGUCCUUGGCGUUGCCGUCGGCGCUGCCAUCUACUCCAGUGGCCGCAAGCUCUUCACCGACAAGACCCUUCGCCUGAGCCGCAACAAACCCGAGGACCGGGGCCACUAA